AUGGAGAAGGAAUGGCAUGGAGAAGGAAUAGCCUCGCUGCAUGGUGUGAUGACGUCUGGAUUUCCCAAUCUGUUCUUUCCUGGUCCGUAUCAAGCAGGUGCAACUUCGAAUCAGGUCUAUGUUCUCGAUCAGCUUGCCUAUUACGUUGCAUACAUCAUCUCGGAGGCAGACAGAGACAAGUCAGCGACGAAAAGAUUCAUCGUUGAGCCCAGCUGUGCUGCCGAAGAAGAGUGGACAUUGCAGGUGUUGAUGAGAGCACAAGACCUUGCCGGUGUCGCUAGCUGCACCCCUUGGUAUUGGAACCGAGAAGUGGCUCAACUUGAUGAAAAGGAGGCAUUCAAGGCAGCACGCUUUUGCAUCUGGGGACAGGGGAUCAAGAGUUACGUUGAAACCAUUGAGGGAUGGCGACAUGAGGGCCGGAUGGCCGGUCUUGACAUUCGAUAUCGGUAG